AUUGCGAGAACAUAUUGGUUGGAGUUUAAGUAUGAGUAUGACCACUGAUUUUACUACCCAAAUCUUAGUUGAUCUCAAACUCCAUUAAUAUAUGCCACAGUCCCCCUUGGAUGAAGCAACCAAAAGGAGUGAAGGAAAAAAGACAAGAAAAAUAGACCAAUUUAUGCCACUCUUUACUUGCAAAGAAUGUGGGGCAACUGUGUCUUGAAAUAUUCAGCCCUUGAAAUCCCCACACACGCACAAAACAACUUGCUAUACCACAUCCCAUAUAAGAAGAAGCCCAAUAAAUCAAUAUAGGCAACUUGCCAUCCACUGUUUUACUAGCAUUCAAUGUCCUCUGUUUGAGCCGGGAAAGGAGGGAAGUAGAAGUAUAAAAAAGGGAGUGAAAUUCCCAGUAUUUUGAAUAGAAGAAGAAAUGAAGAAAUGCGAGCUGUGCAACAAGGUCGCAAGAAUGUACUGUGAAUCCGAUGAAGCAACGCUGUGCUGGGGUUGCGAUUUGAGGGUUCACACAGCAAACUUUAUUGUGGCCAAACACACACGAACUCUCCUCUGCCACGCCUGCCAGUCUCCAACCCCAUGGACCGGCUCCGGCCCCAAACUCGGCCCCACUGUCUCUGUCUGUGAGGCCUGCGUCAAUGGCCGCGCACGAGACGGUGAUGAUGAGGAUGAGGAAAAUGGUGAUCUUGCUCUUGAUGAUGACGAUGAUAGUGAAAACCAAGUUGUGCCUUUGUCUUUACCGCCCUCUUUGGCUUCGGCUUCGACUUCUUCCUGCACCACAAGAGAUGCUCUUUCCACACCUACAACUUCCUAUGAUGUAAGUCAAAGUUCGGAAGACAAGAGUGGUGCUAAAAAGAUGAGAUCAUGGAUGUGGCGAUAGCAUAAGAUGAAGACAGCAGCUUAAUUUCAAUCAUGUUUUCUCAUGUGUAUUAAUUAUUAUUGUACUUAAUUAAGCAGUGUAGUGUUAUGCUUAAUGUUUCCACUCUCGUUGUUCAACAA